AUGAGCAACCUAGAGAAGACUCUGUUCCAGCUUAAGUUCACGGCGAAGAGCCUCAAUCGGCAGGCGAAGAAGGCGCAGAAAGAUGAGAAUACCGAGAAGGCUCGCUUGAAGAAGGCGCUUCAACAAGGGAACAACGAGGGUGCCAGGAUCUACGCUUCCAAUGCUAUCCGCAAGAAAAGCGAAGCCCUCAACCUCCUCCGACUGUCCAGCAGGAUAGAUGCUGUGGCAAGCCGCGUCGAGACGGCGGUGACUAUGCGCCAAGUGACCGGCAACAUGACGUCCGUUGUGCGGGGAAUGGACAAGGCGAUGGAGAGUAUGAACCUUGAGCGGAUAUCGCUCGUAAUGGAUAAGUUUGAGACGCAGUUUGCGGAUAUGGACGUCCAGACCUCCUACAUGGAGGACGCGAUGUCGUCUACAACAGCCGUAUCGACGCCGCAGGACCAGGUCGACCAGCUCAUGCGACAGGCAGCUGAGGAGGCCAACAUCGAGCUACAGCAGGAUCUCGAGCGGGCUCCAGACGCUGCACCAGCACUUAGUGCGAAGGAGAAAGUUGGAGAGGAGGACGCCAACCUGGUCGAGCGUCUGCGCGCCCUGAGACCAGCCACAUGAGAUCAUACGCGCGCCGUUUCAUUCUCGUUCGCAUUUCCGCCUCCAUAUCUAUACUAUAUCAGUCAGUGUACAACAGCGCCGGUCAGACGAUGACGGGACGGUUCAUUCAUACAUUCUGCGUGGAUCGACGACGGAGGGGAAGGGGCUAUAACUACAAGAUUUGCUAGACGAUCUGCGUGCUACUAUCUCCCCCCACUGCCGCCAUGGUGUUGUUGACGCUUCCCCGGCGCGAGCCAACACCAGCGACUGCGAACGAUGAGCACGAUGAAUGGUU